AUGAGUUAUUAUCAAACAAUACAUUUUAUUAUCUUUAUUCUUGCUUCAUUAGUGGUAAGUUCUAGUGAAAUUAUUGAUUAUAAUAUUCGUGGAACAAUUGAACCUGGCUGGGAGUUUAUCUAUGAUCUGUUUCAAAGUAAUUUUGUUGAAAAUCGAGAUUUAGGAGCAUCAGUCGCGGUGUAUCAUCAAGGUAAAUUAGUCGUUGAUCUAUCAGGUGGAUGGUUUGAUGAAUCACGAACAAAAGUGUAUGAUAAUAAUACAUUACAAUUAGUCUUUUCAACAACAAAAGGACUUGUAGCUGUAGCUGCAGCAAUUGCUGUUCAACGUAAUCUUCUCGAUUAUUCGUCACUAGUUACUCGUUAUUGGCCUGAAUAUGGACAAUAUGGAAAAGAAAAUACAAGAGUGAGUGAUAUUCUUUCACAUCGUGCUGGACUACCAAAUAUUGCUGCUUCAUUUGAUGAUUAUCUUAAUUGGACAACAAUGAUACAUAAAUUAGAAGAAGAAUCACCAUCGUGGUUACCAGGAUCCGCUUAUAGUUAUCAUUCACUUACGUACGGUUGGCUUGCUGGUGAACUUAUUCGACGUGUUGAUCCAAGAAAACGAUCAUUGGGAAAAUUUAUUCAAGAUGAAAUUUCAUCUCCAUUAAAUUUGGAAUUUUAUAUUGGUUUACCAUCAACAGAAGAAUAUCGUGUAUCACCACAUGAAUUCAGUCAACUAUCUCAACAUUUCAAUGAUGAAUCACUCAAUGCUAUGAUGAAUUUCUUUAAUGAUAUUUCUUCACAUGAAGCAGAAAUACCAGCUGGAAAUGGAAUUUCAAAUGCUUACUCAAUAGCACGAUUAUAUUCAUUAUUAAUUGGCGAUGUUGAUCAUGGAAAGUAUAAACGAAUAUUAAAUGAACAGAUUAUGAAAUUAGCAACAAAAUCAAAUACACCAGAUGGAGAAUUGGAUCUAUUUUCGCAAACACAUACACCAUUUGGUAUGGGUUUUAUGCUUUUCGAUAAAACAUUUCCUAGAUUAGGACGAGGAAGUUUUGGUCAUUUAGGAACAGGUGGAAGUGUUGGUUUGGCUGCACCAUUCUAUAAUCUUUCCUUUGCUUAUGUCAUGAAUCGAAUGGAAGGAACAAUAUCAGAUGCUAACAAUCGUUUUGAACCAAUGCUUACAAAAAUUAUCGAUAAACUCAAUAAAUAA